UCUGUUCAACGCUCUGAGCGAUAUGUACCGUAAUCUAGUCCUUCUCCUUCAUUCACCUCCAAGUCCCACCUCUCUCCGUCUCUCUCUGUGUUUACAUUUUCCGCAUUAAUCGCAAUAAUCAUCCAACUCACAGAUCCAAAUACGGAAACACCUGUCAAUAUUUCAAUAAUAUACGUAUAAAUAUAUAUAUAUACGUACACACGUAUAUAUAAGGUUAAGAUUAUGAACGACAGUGAUGACGAAGACGAGCUUCUUCAGAUCGCACUGAAAGAACAAGCUCAGCGAGAUCUCAAUUACAAAAAACCGUCGAAGCCGGUGGCGAAUUACGUACGACCGCCGCAGACGGCGAAUCAGAGGAGUUCCGCGCCUAAAAACCCUACAUCGACCGCUUCCCAGAUGCAGAAGCCUCAGCGACGUCGUCCGGUGGACGAUGACGACGAUUCGGAGGUGGAGAUGCUCAGUAUUUCCUCCGGCGAUGAGGAUUCGGCGAGGGACAGAGCGCUCGGGUCCAGGAAUCGGGCACCGAGAGGUGGGAGGGACGAUGAUAGAAGCUGGGAUGGGGGCGAGCCUGAUUGUUGGAAGCGAGUCGACGAAUCUGAGCUUUCUCGUAGGGUCCGUGAUAUGCGGGAGACAAGAGUUGUUCCAGUGGUUCAAAAGUUCGAGCAGAAGCCAUCAGCAAUUGCUAGAAAGGGUCUUAAGAAUUUACAAUCCCUUCCUCGUGGCAUGGAAUUUGUAGAUCCGCUAGGAUUGGGGGUAAUAAAUAACAGGACAUUAAGGUUGAUCACAGAGCAUCCAGAAACUUCUCCAUCCAACUUUGAAAAAGAUCAUAUCGAUUCUAACGUUCGCGAGAAGUUGACGUAUUUCUCUGAGAAAUUUGACGCAAAGCUGUUUCUAUCUCGAGUACACCACAAUACAAGCGCAGCAGACUUGGAGGCUGGUGCUCUUGCUUUAAAAACUGAUCUCAAAGGACGGACUCAACAGAAAAAACAAUUGGUCAAAGAAAAUUUUGAUUGCUUUGUCUCUUGCAAAACAACCAUUGAUGAUAUUGAGUCAAAAUUGAAACGGAUUGAAGAAGAUCCUGAAGGUGCUGGAACCUCUCACUUGUUUGAUUGCAUUCAAGGAGUCAGUUCACUAGCUAAUCGGGCUUUUGGGCCUCUAUUUGAGAGACAGGCCCAAGCUGAGAAGCUCAGGUCUGUUCAAGGAAUGCUUCAGAGGUUCCGAACACUAUUCAACUUGCCUAGUGCAAUCCGUGGGAGCAUUAGUAAGGGUGAAUAUGACUUGGCGGUUAGGGAGUACAGGAAAGCGAAGUCGAUUGAUUUGCCCUCUCAUGUUGGAAUACUGAAACGUGUUAUUGAGGAGGUUGAAAAAGUAAUUCAAGAGUUUAAAGGCAUGCUUUACAGGUCCAUGGAAGAUCCACAAAUAGACCCAACAAAUCUUGAAAACCUCGUGAGGCUUUUGUUGGAGCUGGAACCAGAGUCAGAUCCUGUCUGGCAUUAUCUAAAUAUACAGAAUCAAAGAAUUCGAGGUUUGCUUGAGAAAUGCACCUUAGAUCAUGAAACAAGGAUGGAAAAUUUGAACAAUGAGAUGCGUGAGAAAGCACUGUCUGAUGCAAAGUGGAGGCAAUUUCAGCAAGAUUUAAAUCAAUCUUUAGAUGUCAACUAUUCUUCUACUCUUGAAAGCACCCAUCUGCUGGGAGAUUCACUACCUGUAGAGUUGACUGGCGAAGAAGUUGAUGCUCUCAGAGGGAGGUAUAUCCGCAGGUUAACCGCUGUACUUAUCCAUCACAUACCAGCCUUCUGGAAAGUAGCCCUUUCUGUUUUCGGUGGGAAAUUCGGGAAGUCUUCCCAAGUUUCCGCGGAUACACAUGUUAGUACUUCUGCAAAUAAAGGUGAGGAAAAAGCUGGAGAUGGGAAGUACUCGAGCCAUUCUUUUGAUGAAGUUUCUGGAAUGGUACACAGUACUUUAUCUGCAUUUGGAAAUAAGGUUCAAAACACAUUUCGCGAAUUCGAAGAAUUAAAUAUUCUUCGUCCGUACAUGAGCAAUGCUAUAAAGGAGAUAUCUAAAGCAUGCCAAGCUUUUGAAGCAAAAGAAUCAGCCCCUCCAGUUGCUGUUACAGGAUUGCGGACGCUUCAGUCAGACCUUACAAAAAUGUACAUACUAAGGCUUUGUUCAUGGAUGCGGACUACAACAGAAGAGAUAUUGAAAGAUGAAUCAUGGGUCCCUGUAUCUAUUCUGGAAAGGAACAAAUCUCCAUACACGAUUUCUUCCUUGCCUUUGGCAUUCCGUUCAAUUAUGUCUUCGGCAAUGGAUCAGAUCCAUUUGAUGAUUCAGUCUUUAAAUAGUGAAGCUACAAAGUCAGAAGAUAUGUUCAUGCAGCUUCAAGAAUCUAUCAGAGUUGCAUUUUUGAAUUGUUUUCUGGAUUUUGCUGGUCAUCUGGAGAAUAUCGGAGGCAUGCUUGCACAAAAUAGGUCAAACAGAGAGAGUCCACAUUUACAAAACGGAUAUUUUCAUGAGCCACAAGACAAGUCAUCUGAUCCUCUCCCUGAAAGUGUCAAUAAUCCACAUGAACAGCUGUUAAUGGUCUUGAGUAAUAUUGGAUAUUGUAAAGACGAACUUUCUCAUGAACUGUACAACAAAUACAAACAUAUCUGGCAGUCCAGGGAAAGAGAUGAAGAGGACAGUGAUGUACAAGAUUUGGUUAUAUCAUUCUCUGGGCUAGAAGAGAAGGUCCUUCAACAGUAUACUGUUGCGAAGGCUAAUUUGAUUAGAACAGCUGCUGUGGACUAUUUAUUGGAUGGUGGAGUUCAAUGGGGAGGAGCACCUGCAGUUAAAGGUGUGCGAGAUACAGCUGUGGAGUUACUGCACACACUAGUGGCUGUGCACGCGGAGGUAUUUGCUGGUUGUAAGCCCCUGUUAGACAAGACACUUGGUAUUCUUGUGGAAGGUUUAAUUGAUACCCUCCUCAGCCUUUUCCAUGAAAACGAAAGCAAAGAUCUUAGGUCAUUGGACGCUAAUGGUUUCUGUCAACUCAUGCUUGAGCUUGAAUAUUUCGAGACCAUAUUGAAUCCAUAUUUCACGCCUGAGGCAAGUGAGUCUCUGAAGUCUUUACAAGGGGUGUUAUUGGAGAAAGCCACCGAGAAUGUGACAGAGUCUACUGAGACUCCAAGUCACCACCGUCGUCCAACUCGCGGAAGUGAAGAUGCACUCUCAGAUGACAGACAGCAAGGCAUGUCUGUGUCACCAGAUGACCUAAUCGCUCUUGCCCAGCAGUUCAGCUCCGAGCUACUUCAAGCAGAACUUGAGAGGACUCGGCUCAACGCAUCAUGCUUUGCGGAGUCAAUCCCAUUAGACUCGUUCCCAGAAUCAGCGAAAGCCGCUUAUACUUCUUUUAGAGGAUCAAUGGAUUCUCCUAGCCGGAGUUUCAGAGGCACACAACCUGUUGGAUCCCCAGGUUUCUCCCGGCAAAGACGUAGAUGAAUUAGUUAGCACCCAUAUUCUUGUUUAUUUAUUUCCCCCCCCCCCCCC